UUUUUUUUUCCCUCUCGGGACCUCAUUCCAGGUGCUGCCGGCGCUAGGACCCGGCUCUGGAGCCUGCGCCCUGCACGGCUGCACCACCGCAGCCCCCGCAGCCCCCUCCUUCCCACCCCGACCCCGCGGGAUCAUUCCCGGAUCAUUCCCGGCGCAUUCCCGGCUCCUCCGGGGGGGAUCGAUGAUGCUCCGUAGCCACAGCAACACCCGGACACGCCGAGGAUGCAGCGGGAGGCUCCACCCAGCUCCGCGUUUGGGAAUGGAGGGAGAAAGCAAAGAAGGAAAGAAUCGCUCCAAGGUCACCUGGGCAGGUGACAAACACCCAGCACAUUCCAGAAAUUCCCGAUGAGCUCGCACAGACACAGAAUUUUUUAAAAACCACCACGAGAACCCAAAAAUGCUGCGUGAAAUCGGAGCCUGCCUGCAGUGGAACAGCCCAGGAAUUCUGGAAUCCCAAAAUUUCCUGACCAGUCCAGAGGGAGGAAUGGCACCAGGACCAACACAUCUCACACAGGGACACCACAGCCCUGUCCCGGUUAAACCCGGGAUAAAUCCCGGAGCCCAGGGAUCCCGUCCCGGAGCCGCCGGGAGCUGCGGGGAUGCCCCAGCAGCGGGCAGUGCCCACGCUGACCACGCUGUGCCUGCAGAACCUGGCCCAGCACAUGCAAAGCCUCUGGGUCAAGGACUACAGUGACAAUUACCUGGACGAGUACGAGUUCCGCUUCCUCGUGGGCCCCUUCAACGACCUGGCCAGCGGGCUGGUGCAGGAGCUGCUGCAGCUGCUGGGGACGAGCCGGCGGCUGUCACGUGCAGCGCUGCACCUGCUGCUGCUGCCACACCUGCGCCAGCUCAGCCUGCGGCCCUGCCCCGCGCUCGCCAACAAUGCCCUGGGACACCUGAUCGUCCUGCGCUGCCAGGGCCUGAGCGUGCUGGACCUGGGCGGCUGCGGGCGGCUCUCGCCGGCCGUGCUGGUGGACCUGGCCGAGGGGCUGCCACACCUGAGCCGCCUGGGGCUGGCCCACACCCAGGCCAACGUCCAGGUGCUCGCAGCCGUGGGCUCCUGCUGCCGCCACCUGCGGGAGCUCGACGUGAGCGGCUGCAAGAAGGUGACACCGCGUGCCCUGCGGCACCUGGGCUACGACCUCCUGGCACGGACCCCGGGCUGCCCCGCGCUCCACGUCCUGCUGGCCCGCGACCUGGAGCACACCGAGGAUGGGGACAUGGUGGCUGCUGUGGCCUUCCUGCUGCUGGCCCUGCCGUGCCUGGAGGUGCUGGCACACGGUGCCCUGCCCGAUGCGCUGCGGCUGCUCCACUCGCGGCAGCUGGAUGGCACCGAGGACUCCGAGGGUUUCCCCUCGCUGAAGGAGCUGGGGGCUGCACAGGAGGGAGCUCAGCUCAGGCUGCCCCUGCGGCAGCUGGAGGAGGUGCAGGAGGAUGUCCUGGGCACUGUCCACGCCGUGUGUCCCCAGGCUGAGGAGGUCAGCGUGUGGCUGGGGGACAGUCCCAGCCCCUCAGGGCUCCGGGAGCUGCCGAGCUGGAAGCGCCUGUCCCGGGUGACGCUGGGCUGCUCCGGGCGGCACGGCCGGGCGCUGGCAGAGGUGCUGCCCCUGGCACAGGGUCUGGGCACCCGCCUGCACAGCCUGACCCUGCACGGCUUCAGCUGCCGGGACCCGCUCUCACUGCCCACCCUGCUCGCCAACUGCCCAGGCCUGCAGAGCUUCAGCGCCGAGCUGGAAGUUCCACCAGACCCCCACACCCAAGACGAGCCCCCCGAGGACCCCCCUUCCCCGCCACCACGCUGGGCCACCGACCUACUGCCCCAGGGGCUGCCCCGGCUGCAGCGAUUCUCGCUGACCCUGGCCGGGCCCGUGCCGGCCGCGCACCGCCCGGUGCUGAGCUCCACGCUGGCCUCGCUGCUGUGCGGGGCCCUGCAGCUGCAGACCCUGCGCCUGCUGGCCGUGCCCUUCCAGCUGGACUCGGUGCUGGAGCCGGCGCUGGCGGGGCCGGCGCUGCGGGAGCUGCGGGAGCUGUCGCUGGCCGAGAGCCGCGUGUCCCCCGGCACCGUGUGGCUCCUGCUGGGCUCCGACGGGCCCCUGCGGCGCCUGGAUCUGUCCCGCUGCCCCGACAUCCACCGGCGAGACUACGACAGCUUCCUGCAAGCCGUGAGGAAGCAGCGGCUGGACCUGGACAUCACCUGGGAGUAGCGGGUUUUUAAUAAAAGUGUGGCAGUCA